GGAGCUCGGCAGUGUCACAGGCGGAGAGAGCGCCGGAGCGGCAAGUGACAGCGCGGACCUCAGCACACCAUGGACACGGACUCUGGGGACCUGAGCGAGGGGGAGCUGUCACCAGGACCAGAAAAUUUCAGCUCUAAGAGCUUUGCAGUACGAGCUCAGAAGAAAAUUCUGAGCAAAAUGGCUACAAAGACAAUGGCAAAUAUGCUUAUCGAUGAUGUAAGCAGCGAAAUCUUUGAUGAGCUCUUUAAAGCCACUAAGGAACACGUGAGGAAUAAGAAAGAGGCUCACAAAAUCCUAAAGGACCUUAUCAAGGUUGCUGUCAAAGUUGGCAUUCUGUAUAGGAAUAACCAGUUCAGUCCUGAAGAACUGGAAAUUGUAGAGAAAUUCAAGAAGAAGCUCAACCAGACGGCCAUGACAGCAGUCAGUUUCUAUGAAGUGGAAUACACGUUUGAAAAAAGUGUUCUCUCAGGACUACUGCAAGAAUGCAACGGCCUACUUCACGACUUGGUACAGCGCCACUUGACGCCAAAAUCCCAUGCUCGAAUCAACAGGGUCUUCAAUCACUUUGCAGAUGUUGAAUUCCUUACCGCCCUUUAUAGCAUUGAUGGAAACUGCAGGCCGUACCUCAAAAGGAUUUGUGAAGGCAUCAAUAAACUGCUUGAUGAAAGAAUUAUUUAAAACGGUCUUCUCUUUUUAUUUCUUUUUUUUUCUCUGGUUCUGAUAAUAUACUAAGGAAUGGCUGUUUCUGAGAUGUGGAUUGCCAGUGGCCAGAUUAGAGCACAGAUGGCUGUAUUGGGAAUGUUUAUUUUGGUCUUGGGGCAUGUUGUGUACUGCACUCACUGAAGGAGGCCUUCACCCACAACCAUUAAACUCUGUAUCCUUAUAUGAACUCUAAUAGAAGAGGAGAUAGAACUUGAACUUCCUUUUUCUUCAUUGAUAUUUGUCAGGUGUUAACUGGGCCUUUUUAUUCUCAGAGAUCUACUUGGGUUUCAUACUGUGGCCUCAUUCGUUGCUCAUAUGCUCUUGUUUGACCAUCGUUCAAUAGAGACAAUAUAUUAGGCUGUCUGCCACUAGUUUAUAUGUAACUAUUAAGAGGACUUCUUAUGAAAACAGUCUAAAUGGCCUUAAUCUAAAAGGAAAAAUGCAGUGUUCCCCAUAUAUAUAUAUAUAUAUAUAUAUAUAUAUAUAUAAUCAGAAGUACCAUACACUUUUCUGUG